CCAGGUGCGGCCGCGUGGGGGAUGCCCGCAGGGUGUUCGGCGGAAUCGCAUGCCCGGACACCGUGUGCUGGACGAGCAUGAUCUCUGGGUACCACCGAGCUGGAAGAUACGGGGAAGCAUUGUCUUUGUUCUCGAGAAUGUUGAAGAUGGGAUCUUCUCCGGACCAAGUGACUUGUGUCACCGUAAUUUCCAUUCUUGCGAGCUUGGGUAGGCUGGAUGAUGCUAGGGCCUUGCUGAAGAGGAUGCCGGCGCCGAGCAUGGUUGCUUGGAACGCUGUCAUCUCCAGUUAUGCGCAACAGAGUGGGAUCAAGCAUGAGGUCUUUGGAUUGUAUAAGGACAUGAAGAGGCAGGGAUUAUGGCCCAGUAGAUCGACUUUUGCCAGCAUGCUAAGCGCAGCAGCCAAUAUGAAGGCGUCUGUUGAAGGUCGACAGUUCCACGCGUCCUCGGUAAGGCAUGGCUUGGAUGCAAAUGUUUUCGUGGGUAGUUCUCUGAUCAACCUUUAUGCGAAAUGUGGUUGCAUUAGUGAGGCGAAGUCUGUGUUUUAUUUCUCCCGUGAGAGGAACAUUGUCAUGUGGAAUGCGAUGCUCAAUGGGCUUGUUCGAAAUGAGCUACAAGAAGAGGCCAUCCAAAUGUUCUGGUAUAUGACGAGGCUUGGUCUUGAGGCUGAUGAGUUCACGUUUGUCAGUGUUCUUGGUGCAUGUGCCUACUUGGAUUCACAUUGCCUGGGAAGACAAGUGCAGUGUGUGACAAUCAAGAAUGGCAUGGCUGCAAGCUUGCUUGUUGCUAAUGCAACAUUAGAUAUGCACUCCAAAUUUGGAGCUACAGAUGAUGCGAAAACAUUAUUCAAUCUGAUUCCUUACAAGGAUAGUGUAUCCUGGAAUGCCCUUAUAGUUGGACUUGCACAUAAUGGAGAAGAGGAAGCAGCAAUUGGUAUGCUUGGAUUGAUGAAUGCGGAUGGUAUAACACUAGAUGAGGUGUCUUUUGCUACUGUAGUUAAUGCAUGUUCCAAUAUUCGAGCUACUGAGACUGGAAAGCAAAUCCACUGCCUAGCAAUGAAGUAUAGUAUCUGCUCUAAUCAUGCUGUUGGUAGCUCUCUGAUUGAUUUAUAUUCUAAGCAUGGAGAUGUGGAAUCUUGUAGGAAGGUUUUGGCACAGGUAGAUGCAAGUAGUAUAGUCCCAAUAAAUGCUCUGAUUGCGUGUCUUGUGCAGAACGAUAGAGAUGAUGAAGCUAUACAGUUGUUUCAGCAGGUUCUUAGAGAUCGUUUAAAGCCCUCCAGCUUUACAUUUUCAAGCAUUCUUUCUGGUUGUACUGGACUUCUCAGUUCAAUUGUUGGCAAACAAGCUCAUUGUUACACAAUGAAGUCUGGUCUUCUGACUGAUGAUUCUUCCCUUGGUGUUUUACUGAUCCGGAUAUAUUUGAAGUCCAAAAUGCCUGAGGAUGCCGACAAACUCUUGACAGAGAUGCCAGAUCACAAAAGCCUGCUUGAGUGGACAGCUAUCAUUUCAGGGUAUGCUCAAAAUGGUUACAGUUUGCAAUCAUUGGUAUCAUUUUGGAGAAUGCGCAGUUAUGAUGUUCACUCAGAUGAGGCGACCUUCGCUAGUAUUCUCAAAGCUUGUUCAGAAAUGACAGCUCUUAACGACGGGAAAGAGAUACAUGGGCUCAUCAUUAAAUCUGGAUUUAAUUCUUAUGAAACUUCAACUAGUGCCCUCAUAGACAUGUACUCCAAGUGUGGGGAUAUCACCUCAUCCUUUGAAGCCUUCAAACAAUUGGAAAACAAGCAAAGCAUCACGUUAUGGAACUCCAUGAUUGUUGGAUUUGCAAAGAAUGGUUAUGCUGACGAAGCACUUCUGCUUUUUCAGAAAAUGCAGAAGUCACAACUAAAGCCUGAUGACGUUACAUUCCUUGGUGUCCUAAUCGCUUGUGCUCAUGCUGGCUUAAUUUCUGUGGGUCGGCAUUACUUUGAUUCUAUGAACAAAGUCUAUGGAUUAAAGCCUAGAGUAGAUCAUUAUGCGUGUUUUAUUGAUCUCCUUGGACGAGGUGGUCAUCUUGAAGAGGCUGAAGAAGUUAUUAACCAGUUGCCUUUCAGACCUGAUGGUGUGAUCUGGGCGACAUACCUUGCAGGAUGCAGAAUGCACAAUGAUGAAGAAAGGGGGAAAGUUGCAGCAAAAAAACUUACCGAGUUGGAACCAGAAAACUCGUCUACAUAUGUGUUGGUUUCAGGCUUACAUGCUGCAGCUGGUAACUGGGGUGAAGCUAAGAUAGCCAGAGAAGCAAUGCGAGAAAAUGGAGUAACAAAAUUUCCGGGAUGUAGUUGGGUCACAGUAGGGAACAAGACAAGCUUAUUUCUUGUACAAGACAAGAAACACCCCGACUCUCUUAGCAUCUAUGAAAAGCUUGAUGAUCUUACUGGAAUGAUGAAGAAAGAUGAUGACAUUGAGGAGUAUGAUAUGCUUAUUUCAGCUGAAAUGUUUACUUGAUGACUCAAAACCCUUUUGAACCAAAAUGCUCUGCUUAAGAAUGAGGCCCUGAUGUCAUCUUCUGGCCAAUCCAGGACUUGGGUAGAUGCUUGGUUACCGAGUUCUAGCAUCACUGCAUCAGCACAGCUUUAAGGACUAUUGGUUUCACCCUGCAUUCCGACUCAAGGGAGCCUAAUUACCUGUGAUGAAAACACUUUGUUCAGUUGUGGAUACCAAGAUGGCUUGUGAAGUUACCACGAGGUCUCAUUCUUGAUGUGGGAAGCGGUACCAGUGAAGAUUCAGGGAGCAACUAGAACUCAUGUAUGCUCAGAUGUUGCUUAUUUGACGAAUUUGAUGUGGUGCCACAACUAGGUGGCACAGCUGCAGUUUUCCGAUCUCUUAUUUAUGCAUUCAGCUGGUCAGUUUUUUCGUAUGAAGCUUGAUGUUUAUGUUGCUUUGGCAACUUUUGUGCUUUGGAACUUGAUGAAUGGUAUCAUUGCACGAUGCACAGUGAGCUAUAAACUUGAUUGAACUUUAUUCAUGCAAAGUUAUUAGUCUUGUAGGAGCACAAAAGACAACUUUGUAUCCUGAUCAUAUUUUUCUACUUCUGAACUCCACACGGUCCUCUGAACCAUUUAGGAUAGUGUGUUCAGUAUGUCCGAUUGCCAGGAUAUGCCGAAGGUCUGAUUUUGUCCAGUAUAAAUCGAUGGGCAGUUAUAUGUUGAAUUAUAUAUCUGCCAGUGUUUCAGAUGUGAUUGUUAAUAACCACUCUGCUGUCUUUCUUGUGAACUAACAUUUCAGAACUGCCGCAUUGGGCUGCAUGCCACACUGUACUAUUUUGUGUGACAUGGAUAAUGCUACCCUGUUUAUAAUCUUUAUUCGGUUAGAUUGCAAAGAAAACUACUUAGCAGCAUCCUGCCAUGUUUCAUCAUUUUUAUUCAUUGUGGGUAGCAGUUACUUAUUGGCUCCAGAAAACAAAUGAGCAUAGCUGGAUGGAGCUCCAGCAUCUUGAGUUCUUGGUGUUGCACCUGUGAGACUGCAGGUCCAGACAAUCUGAUGCCUUUAGAAUUGGCUCUCAAAUUUUCAACCGAGAUUAGAGCUAGUGAAUGAUUUUCAGUUUAUAUAGUCAUACACAUACUCAAGGAGUCCAUACCUUGGCCUCUGUGCAAGAUAUUCUUACUUUCAGCUGAUUAGCAGCCACUAUUGUUCAGGAAUUUUGAGUGGCGCACGUCCUGGCCUGGCGAGCCGAUGACCGGGCAGAACCGCAAUCACCGUCGCCGCCAUACUUUUGUGUACUGCUUGGUUCAUUGCACGCGGCCUGUACAAAUUGCUUUGUUAGUUAUUUGCGUGAGCCUCAGCCCCUUUAGUGUGUCAAGGACAAAGCAAAAGAAGAGGGGAGUGGCUAGCCAGAUUGCCCACAACUCAGCUCAUCAGGUGCAUCCAUACAAUGUCGAGCUGGACAUCAUUUGUCAAGGGACGAGAUCGACGGGCAGCAGCAGCUCGAGUUCACCUCACAGAACAACCUAUAUAUGAUAAGCAAACUAGUCCCUUCAUAUUUGUGUUAGCUAGUUCAUGCACGCCGAAGGUCGCUUGCAUCUUUGCUCGGCUCAAUGAGUCUUGUUUUUGUCUUGUCUAUUUUCUUUUGGAAAUGAAAAGGAAGUGAAAAAAAAGGACCCGGUUAGACUCAAAAGUAAUAUCUGAAUUCGGGUUCAAAUCGGUCGUGUACGGUGUUCACUAAAACGGGCGUCACUUGGAGUGCGGAUUUCCAGCUACCGUUAUUUUAGAAACACUCACAUAGAGGAGACUUUUUGGUCCAUCAAAGACUCGUGUAUUUAUCCAAAAAAGAAGUUCAAAGACUUGUAUGUAGUUGAGUUGGAUUCUACUUCUGUAUGCAGAAGAAGAAGAAGAAAAAAUCAAUGCUUUUGCGAUGUAAAAAUACGGUAUUCGAAUAGCGGCCUCCCUACCCUCAAACCCCCAUUAGGCAUUUUCAGCGUGACUUUUCCAUACAUGCUCUGUUUUGGUAGAAUGAGCUCUUUGGUCGCUGUGGCAGGUAAAGUAUGGAUGGGUGACAAGUAAUUCCGGACGGAAGAAGUAUCAACGGUCUUGAUUGUCCAUAGGCUCCUUUGGUUAGACAGACGUAGGAAGGAGUAGCUUGUCCUGUCGCCAACCCAAUCCCUUUAUAUUUGUUUUUUUAGACAAUCCUUUUAUAUUUGUGGUAGCUAGUCCAUGCAUGGCACAAGCAAGCGUGGCCAUAGAUUCAGAGGUUGAGAGAGCAUUUGGGCCAGAAAUUUUGUUACAAGAAAAGCGGUGUGAGAUGGAACACGUCUGUGGAGCAGCCGACAGCGACGUGGAGGAGGAAGAAGAUGAACAAGACAGCCGUACAAAUGACCCCUUUCUUUUCUUACCAAUCCCAGCUGCAGCUCCAUCGUUUUACUGCUUGUUACUGCUGGCUACCUCCGU